AUGAAGCUCCGCGUGGUCGGAUGGGGGAAAUGCUUACAGAAUCAACUGAAAGACCCCGACAAUGCCACAUAUGAGAAGAAGUUCCAGAAGCUAGUCGAGGACGCGAACACACCAGUGUAUGACAAUGUUGGCAUCAACAAUAAUGUCCUAGAAGUGACACUUGAACUUCUUAGGAUAAAGGCAAAAUCUGGGCUUUCUGACAAGGGCUUCACGGAGAUGUUGAGUUACCUUGCUACAGUCUUUCCAGAGGGCAACAAAUUGCCUAAGAGCACAUACGAGGCGAAGAAAAUUACCUGCCCGCUUGGACUACACGUUGUGAAAUAUCAUGCAUGUCCACUGGACUACAUUGUAUACACGGGACCGCACAAAAACAAGGACAAAUGCCCAAUAUGUGGUACUUCACGGUACAAGAAGAAAGAUGGCAAUCACGACGAAGUCGAUGAGGAAGAAGUGAGUAAAGGUCGGCCGGCGAAGAUCGUCUGGUAUCUUCCGAUGGGUAGUCGAUUUGAGCGUUGGUUUCAGAACUUGAAGGAUGCGGUGAGACUGGUCUAUCACGAUCCGAGUGAGAAAAUGUACGAUGCAGAUGGAGAGUACCGUACAGACAAUACUGAAGCUGGGAUCCUCAAACACCCAGCCGAUGUGGCUCAAUGGAGGACCUUGGACGCAGAAUUCCCAGAUUUUGCCAGUGAUCCCAGGAAACUAAGGCUAGGGCUGAGCACUGACGGAAUCAAUCCAUUCGGCAACAUGAGCAGCACGCACAGCACAUGGCCGCUAGUGAAGGAUGAGCUUGCUGAACUUUGGAAUACAGGUAGAAAUGUUUGGGACGCUCGCAGGGAGGAGUACUUCACCCUUAGAGCAGCGUUGCUGACUUGUGUGCAUGACUACCCAGCAAACGGUAAUACAUCAUGCCAGUGCACAAAAGUGUACAAGGCAUGUACAAAGUGCGCGGAGAAUACAAUAUCGGAGAUGUUGCCCACAUCACGCAAAAUUGUGUACAUGGGACACCGACGAUGGUUGCACCCUAAAGACCCGUGGAGGCUUGAUGCGGAGAGCUUCAACGGAAAGGAAGAGGACGAGGGUAAACCUAGGGAAAAGUCUGGCUUUGAAAUAUACGAUAUUGUCAAGGAUCUGGAGGUUAGGCCUGGGAAAGCAGAAAAUGUCAAAGAUAAGGACGGCCCGGACACCUCCAUGUGGAAGAGGAGGUCUGUAUUCUGGGGCCUGCCAUACUGGCCACACUUGCGAUGCCGGCACAACGUUGAUGUGAUGCACGUUGAGAAAAAUGUAUGUGACAGCGUGUUGGGAUUGCUGAUGAACAUCCCUGACAAGAAGAAAGACGGACCGAAGGCAAGGAAAGACUUGGAAAUUUUGAAGAUAAGGAAAGAACUGUGGGUAGAAGAAGAAGAGUCACCGGAAGACAAAAAUGGUUUCGUGAUUGUGAGCAAGGACGAGCUGCAUAGAGUGUGCGAGUGCUUUCGAGGCAUCAAAUUACUCCUAGUUGCAAUCAGGGGCGCCAUGGAGCCUGGGAUAUUGUGUGAAUUUGAGAAGUACUUCCCUCCGACAUUCUUCGAUGUCAUGGUCCAUUUAAUGGUCCAUAUCGUCGACGAGAUAUUGGUUUUGAAGCGCUAUGUUCGUAACCGAGGGCGUCCUGAAGGUAGCAUCCUCCAAGGCUACCUGGUAGAAGAGUGCGUCGAGUUCUGCACAGAUUGGCUGGCGGAUCAGAAAGCAAUAGGCGUGCCGGAAUCAAGGCACAAGGGUAAGCUAGCUGGCCAAGGACUUUUUGGGCAGAAGUAUAUCGAAGUACAUUCAAAGAGGAGAGCAGCUGACUUUAACAGAACACAUUUGGUGGUGCUUCAACACAUUGAUGCGGUCCGGCCUUACCAGGAAAUGCACAUGCAAGAGCUUCAAAACAACAACCCUACCAGAGGACAAAUUUGGAUCCAUAGAGAGCACAGUAAACAUUUCGCUGAGUGGCUAAAGGAGUAUUGGUAUGAGAGGGAGCCAGUAGAUGAAAACGAAAAGACUGUGCUAAGGUUGUCGCGCGAACCAGCUUAUCACGUCGCCACAUGGCAAGCCUACGCUAUUAACGGGUACACGUACUACACAAAAUCUCAGGAUUGUAAAAGUCAAUAUCAAAAUAGCGGUGUAGUAUUGGUUUCCGAAACUGCAACUGAUAGCCAAGCCAAGACUAAAGCAUUCUAUGGAGUGAUUGAGGAGAUCUGGGACCUGGACUACUCCAUCACCAUGAUCCCACUUUUUCGUGUGAGAUGGGCUACGAACGGGAAACCUGAUGGCCAUAGAUUCACAACCAUGAUGCUACCACCUGGGAUCCCUCGUGACCAAAUUAACGUCGAAGCAAUCCCAGCAACCCAAGAACCAUGA